CUCACGCGCAUGCGCUGUCAACCUCAACGCGAGGAGCAGGGAGCGGGCCACGGUGCAAACCGCAUUAAUAAAACGAGAUGGCUGGAUUGCCGCGCAGGAUUAUUAAGGAGACGCAGCGCUUGUUAGCCGAGCCUGUGCCAGGAAUCAAAGCGGAGCCAGAUGAGGGGAACGCUCGUUAUUUCCAUGUGGUCAUCGCUGGUCCGCAGGAUUCACCAUUUGAGGGCGGGACUUUCAAACUGGAGCUGUUCCUCCCAGAGGAGUAUCCCAUGGCGGCUCCAAAGGUCCGAUUUAUGACCAAAAUCUACCAUCCCAAUGUGGACAAACUGGGCAGGAUCUGUCUGGACAUCCUGAAAGAUAAAUGGUCUCCUGCACUCCAGAUUCGUACGGUGCUGCUGUCUAUCCAGGCUCUAUUAAGCGCUCCAAACCCUGACGAUCCACUGGCCAAUGAUGUAGCCGAACAGUGGAAGAGCAACGAGGCUCAGGCCAUCGAGACAGCCCGAACAUGGACCAGGCUUUAUGCCGGCAACAACAUUGAAGUUUAGAAAGAAGAAAAGGUGGCGCCAAGUGAGAGAAGUGGAACAAUCUCCUCCUGUCUUCUUUUGCAUUUAAAGGACACUUUCUCAGACAAAAUAAAAAACGUAAACGAUAAAAUAAUACAUGAUUCAAAAGCAUCUACUGCAGCCUAUCGGGUGAGUGUUGGUGUGCUCCUGGUUCAGAGCUGAUGUUUGCUCCACUAUAUGCUUUAACCAGGAUAAUGACGUGUGGUGAUGGCCUGGGGGAUUUCCCAGCAUCCCUUGCGUGGUCACUACACUGGACCCUGUCAGAAUGUGUAGUACAGUCCCUAUUACAGUCAUUAACGCAGUGAAUUUCACUGGAAACAGGUUGUAGGCUCCAGGUGUAAUGGUUUGUUUGUUUUUUUUAUGUUAUUGGGCGUAGAGGGAGGGCAGGUUAAACGCGGGUUGCAUUUAUGCUGCUUCUUGGUCAGGGACAAAAUGAUGUGAAUUAUUAUUAUUAUUAUUAUUAUUAUUAACUUUUUUUUUUACUUUUUCUUUCCUGUGAAACUCUUCAGUUGAUUAAAAGCAUGUCUAAAUUAUGUCCUAUCUGACAGAACCUGCUCUGACGUCGUUGUAUUGCAAACAAAACUUGUGUGUGUGUGUGUGUGUGGUUUGUGUUUCGGCUGGCGUGGAAUCUGUACGAAUCGUCUGGGAAAAUUGAAUCUGUAAAUGUUCAGUUUUAGUAAAAAUAUUUUUUGUUAUGUUA